AUGGCUUCCUCACCCGAUUCAAGCAGUACGGCAGUUAGGCGGCAGUGGCCUUCUAACUCUCAGUCUGCCGCUGCUGCACGCCCACAGACGUCGCCUCGCCCCGUCUUGCCCCAGCCGUCUCCUCCUGGUAGUGCUUCUACCAGGGAUGAACCGAGCAGUAGCUCUGAAGCCCCUCGCCCUCCCCUUCCACGAGUGGCUGUCCCCACUUUCCCGGAGAGUAAGCGCCCGCAGGGACAGACGAAACGCUACGCGGAUGGUGAGACACCAUCCCCUCGCCAUCGUAUGACGAAGAAAGUGCGUCACGGGAUCACUGUGAAGGAAAAGUUGCACUGGCUGAAGAUGCAAGACGCUCAGCCCGAUCUUGGGAAUCGCGCCCUGGCAAAGCUCGCGAAGGUGCAGCCCUGCCAGAUCCGCGACUGGAAGAAGCUGAGGGAACGGCUGGAGGUCGCAUCUAGCUGCCGCCGUCGCCUCGUGGGUUCCGGCCGCAAGGCGAAGUACCCGUUCAUGGAACGGGCGGCGGCAGAGGAGGAUGACGCCACAGAGGAGGCAGCGGAGGCGGUAGAGGAGGAGUGGAAUGCGCCUGAAGAAGGUGGUGAGGCGGGAGAGUGCAACGAUGAUGAUGAUGACUGGUGGCGCCCUGGCCGCUACGACGGAGAGGAGUGUGAAGAGUGGAACGCAGAGGCCAAUGUGGAGGAGGAGUAG